AUGUUCCUAAAAGCAUGCAUAACAAAUUACAUUAGCAGUACAUCGACCCCUAAUUGCGAUUUUAUCGUAUGCGAGAAAAGGGGAAACCUUUUGACUGAGCAGAUAGACGAUUCGACAUUCUGCACAAUGAACGACGACGCCCCCACCAGGAUUAUGGGUAGCUGCAGCAGCUCGCCAGACCUCACUAUUACUAGCGCUGGUUUGAUCAAUAGCAUUUCAUGGCGACCUAUGCUAACACUAGCAUCAGACCAUCUGCCCAUAAUCAGCUCGAUCAAUAAGCCCACCGACUUUGCUCCCGCGGACCACCGAACCUACACCAACUUCAACAAAGCUGAUUGGGACGGCUUCGCGGAAGUCACCGAGAGCAGCUUUGCCGCCCUUCCCACACCCACAAACAUACAUACUGGCGAACGGCAGUUCCGCAGGGUAGUCACUACCGCAGCGGCUCGCUUCAUCCCGUCCGGAAGUAUCGCGGAAGCCCGCCCAAAUUUCCCGGCCGAAGCAGCUGUCGACCCCGGGGACCCUCGUCUGAGGGACCUUAAUUUGGAGAUUCGGCAACUGGUACAUCAGCAUAAGCGG